CCGUUCAUCUAGCCUUCCUGCAUGCCUAUUGAUCUCCAAACAUCUGGAACACGUCAUAUUUGUUUUUACAAGGCAACAAAAAAAAAAAAAGAGUGAAGAAGGGGGUGGGGGAGGCAUGCAGGCUCCGGAGGAGUGAGACAGCAUCAUCAUCAUCCUCAUCAUCAUCAUCUGCUGCUGCUGCUGGAGCACUUGACACCUCCACGAACGGCGGCGAGCGUGUCGUGCGCGAUCGCGGCUCUGCAGACACGCCAAGGCCGCUCCAUGGCACCCUGAAUCCCCCCUCCUCCUCCAACAAGACCUCCGCGCGGAUUUAAGAUUUAAUAGAGAAGGAUUCAACCCGAUUGAGACAUUUUACCAAAAAAGGGGGGGGGGGGGGGUUUAAGGGGAGAGGGGAGAAUAAAACAAGAGGUGUGCUGUUUAGGAUUUUUGGGUUCGAUUUUUUUUUCUUUUUUUUCCCGUGCUUGAGAGAUGGACUGGCAUGGCAUCACUCGGCUCGGAUUCCUUCUGCUCGCGCUGCGCGGAUUGCGGGGGCUGAGCGCCGCCUGCCCCGCCGCCUGCACCUGCACCGUGUCACGGAUCUCGUGCGUGGAUGGAGCGGCACCGAGCAUAGAGGAUUUUCCGCUGCUCACACUGGACGACAUGGAAAACAUCACCGACAUAUACAUCGCCAACCAAAACAGGCUGUUUGAGCUCAAUGACAACAGUCUGAGGCAUUACAUAAACCUCCGAAACCUAACAGUGACCAGGACCAGAUUAACGUCCAUAUCUCCGGAUGCCUUUUACAACAACACAAGACUACAAUUUGUGAAUUUGCGAGACAACAAUCUGUCGCAGCUGUCAUGGAGGACCUUUCAGAACUACAACAUCUCCUAUUCGCUCCUGCUAUCCGGAAAUCCUCUGGACUGCGUCUGUGAGAACCUCUGGAUCAAACUGCGGAGCCAGGAAGAACCCGACAGCCAAGAUCUGCAAUGCAAGGACGAAUACGGAGCAACAAAAGCCUUCGCCACGCUCACUCCACCUGACUGUGUUGUCCCUCAAGUAGAGGUCACCCCCACGAUGGUGACUGAGAUGCAGGGCGGUGAUGUCAAAGCAUUGUGCAGUGCCUUGGGAUCGCCAUCUCCCGAGAUUCUGUGGAACCUGGACAUAAUCUUCUCCCGCUUUGUGAUUGACGCCAUGGAGACAGAGAGCAGGCUCACCCUGUCUGACCUUUCACCCGAGGACAAUGGAAAGGUGAUUACAUGCACUGCAGAGAACAUGGUGGGUCAGACGGAGGCCACGCUGCAACUCAACAUCCUCUUCGCGCCCACCAUCCAGCAGCUGCUGGAACCGGAGAAGGACCACCACUGGUGCAUCCCCUUCAGCAUGACGGGCAACCCCAGGCCAGAGCUGAAGUGGUACUUUGAAAACGAGAUGCUGGAGGAGCAUGACUACAUCCGGACCACUUACCACAAGACCACCAAGAGCGAAUAUCACGGCUGCCUGCAACUGGUCAACCCUACGCACAUCCACAACGGCAUCUACCGGCUGGUGGCCAAGAACCAAUAUGGCCAUGACGAAAAGAUGGUGGCGGCGCAGUUCAUCGACCCACCGGACGACCACACAGGUGUGCCCAUAUUGCCAUACACCACUGACUCGCCGCUGCCACCAAUGGACGACAGCAUUGCUGUUUAUGUAGUGGUGGGAAUCGCCGGUGUGGCUUUGAUGGGCUGCGUUCUCAUGGUGAUCAUUCUUAAAUAUGGAAGGACCUCCAAAUUUGGAAUUAAAGGCUCCUCGUCGGUCAUCAGCAACGACGAUGACUCUGCCAGCCCCCUCCACCACGUCUCCAAUGGUAACAACACGCCAUCGUCCUCCGAGAUGGCACCAGACGCUGUCAUCAUUGGUAUGACCAAGAUCCCAGUCAUUGAAAAUCCGCAGUACUUCGGCAACACGGGCAGCAUGCUGAAACCAGACACGUUUGUGCAGCACAUCAAGAGACACAACAUCGUGCUGAAGCGUGAGCUGGGCGAGGGCGCCUUCGGCAAGGUCUUCCUGGCCGAGUGCUACAACCUGACACCAAGCCACGACAAGAUCCACGUGGCCGUCAAGACCCUGAAGGAGGCCAGCGAGAGUGGGCGUGCCGACUUCUACCGGGAAGCUGAGCUGCUAACCAACCUGCAGCACGAACAUAUCGUCACCUUUUAUGGCGUGUGCGUGGACAGCGACCCUCUCAUCAUGGUCUUUGAGUACAUGAAGCACGGAGACCUCAACAAGUUCCUCAGGUCCCACGGUCCAGACGCGGUGCUGAUGGCGGACGGGCAGCACAGCAUCCUGGUGGAGCUGACGCAGUCGCAAAUGCUGCACAUUGCGCAGCAGAUCGCAGCCGGCAUGGUCUAUCUGGCGUCACAGCACUUUGUGCACAGAGACCUGGCCACGAGGAACUGCCUGGUGGGCGAGAACCUGCUGGUCAAAAUCGGAGACUUUGGCAUGUCCAGAGACGUCUACAGCACCGACUAUUACAGAGUGGGUGGUCACACGAUGCUGCCUAUUCGUUGGAUGCCGCCAGAGAGCAUCAUGUACCGACGCUUUACCACCGAAAGCGACGUGUGGAGCCUGGGUGUGGUCCUCUGGGAGAUUUUCACCUAUGGCAAGCAACCCUGGUACCAGCUAUCCAACAACGAGGUGAUCGAAUGCAUCACACAGGGCCGUGUACUCCAGCGGCCGCGCGCCUGCCCCAAGGAGGUUUACGAUCUGAUGCUGGGCUGCUGGCAGAGGGAGCCCUACAUGAGGCUUAACAUCAAGGAGAUUCAUGCCAUGCUCCAGAGCCUCGCCAAGGCCUCCCCCGUCUACCUGGAUAUACUGGGCUGAGACCAUUGCUACUACGCCCUGCUCUACGGACCGUUUGUGUGUAUGCGCGUGUGUAUGUGCGUGUGUGGCAGGGGGAAGGCGUGGGGCCAUGUACAGAUAGCAGGCGUGUAAAUGUCCCCUGUAAAUGUUAACUGUCGUCAAUGCGUUGAGAAAAAAAGCCUUAAAUUCGGGAGUCAUUUUUGCUUUACGUUUCCUUGCCAUGCGCACAGUAGCAGGCAGAUUUCAACAGGGGGCGCUACAAUGUAUUCUGGGUGGCGAGAUAAACAUCCAAACACUCAGAGACUAAAUGCGAUUUUAUCUUGAUGCGUUAACAAAGAGAAACGUACACGUAAAUAGACCGAGCUUUCUCCUCACUGUUGUCAGUCUUCUUUAUUUGAAUAUUUUAAUUUUGUAUAAAAUUUCAAAGUGUUUCCAAUGAGGAAAAAAGUGCUUAUACUAAACAUGCUCUAUUUGAGCAAGGAGACUAUUUAGCAUCUGAUCCCCUUAACCCUCCUAUUUCUCCCAUCAAUGAUGUCAUAUUCUCUGUAAAUACGUUUCCACAGACUGGCCCUACAUAGAGUACAUAACGAUGACCGUGUGGUGUUUUCAAUGUUGUCAGGAGUGCUUUGAGCAGUUGUAUUAUUCCAUGUACUUCAAAAGCACACAGAUAUUGAGCUGUGUCUCUCGCCAGUCCCAAAAAAAAAAAAAAAAACCACGAAGAGCACAUCUCAUAUUUUUAGAGAUUUCAUUUUGAAUCCACCAGAGCAGCAUUGCCUUUUUUGUUUUGUGAAUCUAUGUUGUUCAGGUGUUAAGAGAAGUCCAAAUCUAUAUUGGAAAUAUAAUUAUUUAUUAAAUAUUUGCAUCUUCAUUUCUAUGAUGGCUUCAAAUUAUAUGAAAAUAAGUUGAGGGAGGGCUGUGCUAUGGGAUUUCAAAAUUUUGCCAAAAAUAUUGAUAAUGCGACAAUCGAUUUACUAGGACAACGUGAUAUCUACAGUUGCCGAUAUAUAUUUUAACCGAUAUCCCGAUAUUGUCCAACUCCAAAAAACUGAUACCAAUAUAGGCGGUCGUUGACUUAACAUAUUAAGGCUAAUUAUAUUGUGAUGGCCCACUGGACGCUUUAAAGGGAAUCUCGGACUUAAAGACUUAUAGGCUCUAAUAAGCCACAAUUGUUCUCUUUUACUAUAAUAUGUUAGUAGAAACACAUAAAAUAUUGCCAUUGAUUUAAAAAUCUAUAAUAUUUAUGACAUGUUUUGACCUACGGAGGGCGCAAUGUUUUAUGCGCGCAAUGGACGCUCAGGGUGAUGACGUAGAAUGUCACUGUCACUAAAUGAAGACUUUUACUCAAAUUCCUUCUACGCGGCAAAAUGUCCGACAUGCGGCAAGUACUUACUAUUUUUUGUUUUUAAUUGAGUCUUUUAUUAUCUUUUCAUUGCCUAAAAAUAAUUUUUGCAUGUCUUUCCCUCAUAUACUUUAAAGCAUUGCGUUUCCUUGUGGUAGCUUUAAAGUGCCUGUGAUUGCAUAAAAAAAUCUUAAAUAGCAUUAUUAUGUGAAUUAAAAUCAUAUUUGGAGACGAUUCGACUAUAUACAACAAUUUGGCAAAGCAAAGAUGAAGAGAAAUUAGUCUUUUAAUCUGCUGUUUAGCUCCGCCUGUCAUUUUAGCGCACUAGCGUCCCCAGCUGGCUGAUGACGUUUGCAGGGUCACGAUUUCAGCUGAUUUAGAAUUUAGCCCAUUGAGGGGGGAGAUUCAGAGCGAGGAAAAUAUGACAGAGAGCAGCAAAAUGUCACCUUUGUUUAAAUCUCUCUACUCCAAUGUUUUUACAGGAUAUUAAGAUCUAAGUAUUUUUCCCCAAUUGCUAAAUAAAUGGUAUGGUCAUGACAAAUAACAGUCUAGUGCUAAAUGGAAUAUAAAAUAUCAAAAAUACAUUUAUUCAGUACAACACGGCAAAAUUACUGCAUAAUGGUCAAAAAUGCCAACUUCUUGCACCUCCCUAGCGGUAUUUUAUGCCACCAGAAUUAGUCCGGCUUUUGUCAUUGUCUUGCCCCGGCUUCGGUGGCGGAGGAAAGAGCGUAAACAAAGCAGGAGGUGUGACAGCUAGCCGACAUGCUAACCCGAAUUGAGCGGCUUUUCCAAGUCUUUUUCUUGCCUUUCCAAAAAAAAAAAAAAAAAUCACACAAAACUGGCCCGACUCAUGUUGCAUAUGGCGGCGGGGUUGUCUUCACCGAUCGGCCAGCCCCCGGAGGCGAGUAAGUUACGACUCGUUGUUCUGCUCAGCCCCGGCGGGCAGGCAGAGAAGGGAGAGAGGGGAAUGAACGAAAAUAGCGCCUCAUUGGUGGACAAACCGGCCGACGUCAGAGCGGGGGGGCUGCUGGGGGCCAAGCCAAGGAAAGCGCUAUGUGGGCGGGAACAUGAAGAGAACCAAUGGGGGUGUGCGACAAGCCCCCAGUUGUUGGCCAUGCGGCCUUCUCGGCGGACAUGGAGUUUUGGCCCCCACGAAAUGCAAGCCACUUCCUUAUUAAAACUUGUGCCAUGAUCCCAGUGUCUGAUAUAAUACAAAACACGUAGUUUACUUCCUUGCCGGUCCAAUUGUCCCACAGUUGUCGGACUUGUUUUGGCCAUUCUCCGCGGUGAACAGGAACAUUUUGAAACCCAAAAAGGCUCACACGCCUCUCCUUGUUAAAACAACAAAAGCCUGCAGCACAUUGGGCUGGCGUGUUGCAAAAAAUAAACAAAUUAACCCGCAAAAUCGUCUGAAUCUGCAGUCCUUCUGCAUGUUAUAAAGUAAUAGCUGUAUUGUGAGAUAUUCUUCCUCAAUCCAGGAAGUCACUCAUUUUAAUGGCGAGGGAUUCAAAAAAUUAAAGAAAUCGAUCGCUUCCACACACAUCCAAGCGGUCCAGUUCAUUCAGGAGCAUUAAAUACCGCGUGAAAUAUUAAAUAAACUUGCUUUUUGCCGUCAUAGGCACUUUAAAGCAGAUUGUUGAUCUGUUGACCAGAUUAGUCACGUAGCAUAUUUAAACAACCCUUAUUUUAUAUUACUACGUUUAAGUAUUUUCUUAAGGCAUUUUUAGUAUGUUCUGUCUGUAUGCAUUUAAACAAAACAAGCUGAAAGUGCACGCUCAUUUUUUCCUACUCUCAUCUCAUCUCAUCCUGUCUUUCCUGUUCGUUUUGCUUUUGCUGCUCGUUUUGUGAAAUAUCGACAGUGCUGUCGCACUUAUUAAUGUUCCUCGCGGGUUCAAAUUGAAAGGGACAGAUGACAUGUUCAUGUCGCUAGCCCAGCAGCGUAACAAUGUGACGUCACCGCCCUGCGAUGUCAACAACAAUGGCGACAUACUAGUAAACUAGAAAACAUCAAGAGGGGUUUCAAUAUCAAAUUAUUUUAACUCAUAAAAAUGUAAUAAAAUAAUAAUAAUAAUAAUAAUAGUAAAUAAAAAUCUUUUAAGAACUACAAGCCUUUCUAUCCGUGGAUCCCUUUAAUAAUGACACUGCUCACAUAACAAAUCCCAAGCAUCUUAGUUUGGAGACAUCUAACGGUCUAUAAUGAUAACUGCUGUGCUAAGCUGUGACUAGCCUUUGUACAAAGGCAAAAGGCUUCUAUGUUCACUUUGAAGGCAACAAAUAUUGGCCACCCUAUAAUAUCGGGCAACUCUAGUCAUAGCCCAAUAUUUGAAUAUUAGUGAUCAACUGAUAACUCAGCAAUUUAACAUGCACUAUCACUGAUCAUUGAACAAUCAAUUGAACUUAUUGUUUUAAAUAUAUACAUAAUACUGCAUUAAAUCAGAGGCCCUUGAAUCGAAUUAAAAUUGAAUUGUGGCCUAUUUUGUAAUAUCGACAAAUAUAUCAUUGUCCAAAAAAAUCUAUCAUAUCGUAUCUUCGUGAAACUAGUGAUUUAUACCUCUAAUAAUAAUUCGGGAUUUUGAUACCAUGAUCAAGCAAUUUUGAGACAACGUGUGUGAUCGCACAAAUUUGCGAUAAAUCAUCAUUUAUUUUUCCCUUCAGUGAAGAUAUUAUAGUAUAGCGACAGUUCAUUUAUUGACAAGAAUGUGCAAUUUAACGUGGUUUUCAUCACUGCGGUAACGUGAUAUCGUAGGCAGGAUAGUGCAAUUGUAUCCUGAAUCUCUGUGUCUUGCCAACAGUAAAUUUAUAUGGGAACAAAAAAACCAAUUGAACAAAUUUGAACCUAAUUUCAACAAUGUUAUUGCUAGUUGGGUUUAGUACUUUAUUGCAACAUUUUGGUCAAGCUCCAUGGAUUUUUUUUUAUUUUUAUUUUUUAGGCUUAAACCAAAACAGAACGGAGCUGAAUGUUCUGUUCUGUUUUUUUGUGGAGUUAUGUUAAGCAGUCACUUCAAUAAGAAAAAUAUUGCAGAAUCACCUGUUUUUUUGUGUGUAUUUUUUUUUUUUUUUUUAUGUGUCCACUGUAGAUGAACCAGCUGCUGUCCACCCUGUACAGUUGGGAUAUUUGCAUACACGACUCAUAGGCUACUUUCCAAACUAGUAUACUCCAGCAGGUAUCACGUCUUCAGGGCCACUGGCAAUACAUACUCCAUGUAAAUACCAUUUGGAUUUUUUUUUUUGUGCUCAUGGGAAAAUAAUGCAGGUAAAAAUACAAUCCUUUUCACUUUAUUUUUCCUCCACUCGGAAUCUGUGGGCGCAGACAAGUUUGUUUUAAUGAUGUUUUUUGAGGGGAAAGGCCUCUGACUGACUGUAGCCUCUCGGGAUCCUCUUUCAGAUGAAUAACUGUGACUUUGCAUCAUGAAUAGUAUAUUAUUUUGAAUGUAAUCUAGAAGGCCGGGGUCCUCUUUUGAAUGUAAUCUAACAUGGGUUUUGGGGGGGUGUGGGGGGAUAAUAAUUGUUUUUGUAAAUAUGUGGUAAAAGGAACAAAAAAUACAUUUUCAUUCAUGUGCAGAUAAAUUUUACUUAUUGUGAAAAUACUAUAAAGAAUGUGAGUACGUGUGUGUCUGACAUGAUGUGUGUGCGUUGCCACGUACACUCGGAUGCAAGACGGUGUGCGUGCGAGGGUGUGUGGCAGAUUUAACCUUGCUUUAAUCAAUCAAUCAAACAAUCAAUCCAAUGCUUUGUGCAUCAUGUGAGUAGCUUAACCACAAUUAAUGGAGAUGUUCCUUGUGAUACUGUGCAUUUAAUAAAGGUGGUAUGUCUUACACUAUGUGC